AUGCAGCUUUACAGAUACAGCACCCCUGCCGCAAGGGCUGUCACCGCGUCGAGGCGGCCUCUGCGGACGCGCCGCGUCGCCCGCUGCUCCUCGGAACGAUGCCCUCCAGGACGAUGCCCUCCGGCAAGCGUGACGACUGGCAGCGGACAGAGGAGGCUCAUGGCGACGGAAACACUGAGCAUACGGCGAGGACCAAGUGAGCCUGCGCUGCAUCGGGGGACCAUCCCUGAGCACUUCGCCUCGACCGUCUCCCGCUACGGCGAUCGCCUCGCCGUCAUCGCGCGAGACCCUUUGUCCGCCUCGUCGUCGGCCGUCGCCACGGAGACGGCUCUGACCUUCCACGCCCUCGAUCUUCUCUCCAACCGCCUCGCCUCGUCGCUGGCCUCGCUCGGCGUAAGCAAGGGCGACCGCGUCGCCGUCUCUCUCGGGAACGGGACCGAGUUCGCCGCCCUCACCUACGCCGUCUUCAAGCUCGGCGCCGUCCUCGUGCCCCUCAACCCCAGCUUCAACGCCCAGCAGGUCGGCGCCGCUCUCUGCCAUCUCGGCGUCGAGGUCCUCGUCAUCGGCGCCGUGACCGACCUCGCGUACAAGCCGGGCCAGGGCCGUGGCAACGAGGAGCUGCUCACCAAAGUCGCCGGCGACCUUAGAGGGACCAGAAUUCAGAGCGAGGCUGUGCCGACGCUCAGGGAAGUCGUCGUCGUCAACAACCGGAACCAUCACCCGCUCGUCGAUUUCAAGCUCGAGGAAUGCCGCGCCCUGCGGCCCUACGGCACUCUCCUCGACGGCUCCGACGGAUCCGUCACGCCGAGCGAGCCGCUCCAUCCAUCCGACACCAUCAACAUCCAGUUCACCUCCGGCACCACCUCGGCUCCCAAGGCUGCCAUGCUCGCCCACACGUCGAUCCUCAACAACGGUGCCCUCAUCGCCCACCGCAUGGGACUCGACCCCUCGGACCGCAUCGUCGUCCCCCCUCCGCUCUUCCACUGCUUCGGCUCCGUGCUCGGAUACAUGGCCACGGCAACGACGGGCGCCGCCAUCCUCUUCCCCAGCCCGGCCUUCGACCCCGGCGCCACCCUCAAGAUGUGCGUCGACCACGACGCGACCGGCCUGUACGGCGUCAGCACCAUGCUCGUCGCCGUCAUCGAGGCGCUGGACCGCGGCGUCGUCGCCACGGCGCCCGCUUCCUUGAGGAAGGGCAUCGUCGCCGGCAGCAGCGUGCCCGAGUCGCUCAUGAAGCACAUCUACCAGCGCCUCGGGCUCCAGGACCUCGUCAUCUGCUACGGCAUGACCGAGACGAGCCCCGUCAACUGCAUGACAACGCCCUCGGACCCCUUCGUCCAGCGCACCUCGUCCGUCGGCCGGCCCAUGCCGCACACGACGGUCAAGAUCGUCUCUCCCACGGACCGCUCCCAGGUCCUGCCCAUCAACACGCGCGGCGAGCUCGCCGCCGCGGGCUACCUCGUCAUGAAGGGCUACCACGGCGACCCGGCGCGCACCGCCGAGGUGCGCGUCGAGGAGCCCGACGCCGACGGCAGCGGCCGCUCCACCGUCUGGAUGUACUCGGGCGACGAGGCCGAGAUGGACGCCGACGGCUACGUCACCAUCACCGGCCGCAUCAAGGACCUCAUCAUCCGCGCCGGCGAGAACAUCCACCCGCUCGAGGUCGAGAACUGCCUCUUCCAGCUCCCCGGCGUCCAGGAGGUGUCGGUCGUCGGCGUCCCCGACGAGCGCCUCGGCGAGAGCGUCGCCGCCUUUGUCAUUCCCCGCCGCGGCUGGUCCGUCGACGCCGACGGCACCCGGCCGGCUCCCCGCUCCUCGGCCGCCGAAGUGGAAGCCAAGGGCCAGACGCUCACCAGGGACGACGUGCGCGCCUGGGUGCGCGACAAGCUCUCGAGUCAUCUCGUGCCCAAGCACGUCUUCUGGGUGGACGAGUACCCCAAGACGGCGAGCGGCAAGAUUCAAAAGUUCAAGCUGCGCAGCAUGGCGACGGAGGCGCUCGGGGGGGCUUGA